AUGGGCGAGCUCGCCGACUAUCUGAUGCAACAUGACGCCAACUUUCACAAAGCUCGUCUGCCCGCGCUGUACUCGGACUUUCGAUCGCAGCGGACGCUGAACCCCGAUGGCUAUCGAGCCAACGUCUCGGCCUGGCGCACCGCCCUCGCUCGUCUUGCCUUGCUCGGCCGUCUGUCGACCCCCGGCUCCGGCUCGAGCUUGUUCGUCCUCUCUCUCGACGAGUCCCUGCUGCGGUCUCUCGAGAGCAGGCACUACGGCCAACCGUUGGCCUUGGGCACGGCCGUUCGCGAAGCCGUUUCCGCCAAGCAUCUCUUUCCCCUGCGGCAGUUCCUCGACUCGCCCGGAAACCUGCACCGGCAGGGCUGGUUGGAUCUGCCCACCGGUCUCGUCGGCUGGACGCUGCGCCAGCUGGGAAUCGCUGCUUCGUCACCGGCCGAGGACACGCUCCCCCGCGGGCAGUUCGUCGUGACGGAAAAUCUAGAGACGGCCGCCGUCGAGCUCGGGCGGAGAACGGCCGACAAGGCGUCACGAUUCGACCGCGUCCUGGCCAAAUCCCAGUUUCGCGACGCCUACGCGACUAGUCUCGUCGCCGGCCAGCGACUUUCCGACACCGACAUGGAGGUGCUGCUCACCUUCCUGCGGCGGGACAAAAAAUUGAUCGCCUACGACGGCCAGACGGUGCGGCUGCGCGCAGCGGGCGAGCCCGAGGACAUCACGGACGAGGACACGACCAUCGCGUCCAUCAAGCAUCUGACGGCGAGCCUCGAGCGUCAAGCGGCACUGCUCAACGGGCGUAUCGAUGAGCUGAGCGACGAUGCGAAAAACGCCGUCCGUCGCAAGAACCGACUCGCCGCCCUGGCAGCCCUCAAGUCGAAGAAACUGGCCGAGUCCUCGCUGGCCCAGCGCUACGCAACGCUGGGAAAGCUCGAGGAGGUGGCGGCCAAGAUCGAGCAGGCCUCGGACCAGGUUCAGCUCGUCAACAUCAUGAAGUCAUCGGCCGGCGUGUUGCAAGCCCUCAAGGCCAAAGUCGGCGACACCGACGAGCUCGAAGACGUCAUUGACCGGCUGAGAAGGCAUACGAGCGAUGCCGACCAAGUCGCCUCCAUCCUGGCAGGCUCCAUGGGAACCACCAUCGAUGAUACCGCCGUCGAUGAGCGUCUGCUGGAGCUGGAACUGGAGGAGGGGGCCGAGCAGGCGGCGCAGCACCGAGAGGAGACGUCGUCAAAGGAGCAAGCAAUGUUGGAAUCCCUGCCUUCCGUCCCGGCCGAAGCCCUACCGGACCGAGCAAAAGUGCCGACGCCAACCUCAGACACGGGCAUUGCGAGCUUGUCCCUGGUGGACUAG